AGUUUAGGAUUAUAAAUGAUUAAUUUGAUUAGGUUAGUAUUCUAACGAACUAUCUAAUCCCGACCAAAUUUUGGGGCCGUUGCCGGAGAAGCGGCUUGUUUAGCGUCUAUUUUUUUUUUUGUUAGAGUGAUUUUAAUUAUUUUUUUUGUUUUUCUUAUUCUAUCAUACUUGUCAUUGCUAAUUGUUUGCUUAGCUUUGGUGAAUGCAUAGAAGAUCUCAAGGACCACCCACACAUCAAAUUGACCAAGAGAUCAACCGACCUCUAAGACAAGUCCGUAGACUUUUUCAAGAAGAAGGAAGAGGUCUUGGUGCCACUACAAGAAAAAGGUGAAUUAUCAACGGAUUUUUGCGGCUACCAUAAUAAUUAGUUGCAAAAAUAAAUUUAGCGACUGAAAUAGACGAGUAGUCGCAAAUUUUGCAACCGAAUUUGCAGUAGUUGCUAUGCAGUCGUUAAUUAGCGACUGAUUUUUGCGACUACAAUAAUAAUAAAUUGCAAAAAAUAUUUUUGCUAUAGAAAAAGACGAAUAGUCAUAAAAUUUGCAACCGAAUUUAUAAUAGUUGCUAUGCGGUCGCUAAUCUGCGACGCUCUUAUAAUAAUUUGCAACUAACACGAUAGUUGCUACUAUUAUUUUUAAUAUUUAUUAAAAAGAAAUAAAAAAACCCUUAGUAUAAUAAAAAAAAUAACCCUUAUUCCUAAUAAAAAAAAAAGGUUAUUGCCGCAAAAAAAAACAAGAAUUAUCAAUCAGUCUUAUACUCUUAUUCACUGUCAAAAACAAGAACUAUCAUACUCUUCCUGAAAAAAAAAAAAAAAAAAAAAAAAAGGUUCAGAACUUCAAAUCAAGCAUCACCGUCGUCUUCCUCUGCUGCCGUUGCGCCACCACUACUUCACCCAGAUUACGCACAUAUACUUGGAGACCCGAGUUUGAUGCUAAGGCUAGGAGAGAAUUUGAUAAAAAAAGCUGGGGACUGACGUAGAGGCACAUUGAAUGAAGUUUACAAAAUGGCUCUCCAUAAGCAAGUUAGUUUCAUGACUAACAUUGUUCGAGCUGAAUUCAUAAAUAAGCGUAAGCAUCCUGAUUUUUUGAAACGUUCUAACCAAGCGAGAGAUAAUCGGUUAUCUGGCCAAACAUUGGAGAAUUUUGACCCUGGCCAUCGCCAAGGUAGCGUAUCUACUUCUCAAGUGGUUAAACAAAUGGCAAAGAAAAAGGAUGGAAUUUUACCAACUGCUGCUGAAGUCUAUGAGAGCACUCAUUCUGUUUGUGUGGGCAAUGAUGAAGUUGAAUUGAUGGGUGACAAGUCUCAAAAGGUCAUGGGAGAAUAUAUGGAAAAACUUGAGGAAUAUAAGAACAAAGAAAUUGAGAUAAACCUCGACAAAGUCUACUUGGAUGUUGUAGGUUGGCAAAAGAAAAUGGAAAAGUCUACAGUUUAGGGAGUGCUUCACAAAUGUAUUACAAGAGUGAUCCUACUUCUCAAUCUACUGCAUCAUCUUCCACUCCUUCCAUGAUUUCUCAAUAAGCUCUCAAGUUGAAGAACUAAAGAAGAUGGCGGAAGAAAACCAUAACAAGGUAGAAGAAAGCUAAAAAAUAGCGGCAGAGAGCUUAAAAUAUGCUAAGAAAUUCGUUGAAAAUCAUGAGAUCGAAAAAGCUACAUGGAAGAAGGAAAAAUUAGCUAUGCAGAAAACAUUGCAGGAAAUGGCAUCACUUGUCAAACAAUGUUACCGUCCUUGUACUUAUACCGUACCGGAGUGUGUGUGUUGUUGCCAUUCGUUUGUCAAAGCCAUGUCUCGCCGAUUUAGGGAUUUGUUGUCAGGGUCUUCUUCCCGAAAAUCUCAGAAGGGUUCUUCUUCCCAAGCCCCAUCAUGUACUACUGCGGUGCCCACCCUUCCUCAACCAUACAGGGUGGAAUUUGCAUCAGCUUAUCAAGAGAAAUGCUAUGGCGAACUUUCGAAGCGCCAUAUUCGCUCCACAAGGUUCUAUGAUAAGUCUUGCUGUCAAGCCUUGGGUAUCGACUCAGAUGUCUGAGAUAUGGCCAAGUUUUUAGGGUAGGAAACAUUCCUUAACAUCACGGUCCCUUUAAAGUGGACCAACAACCCUUCGGCCAACCCAAAGCCUCCUUGCACCUACCGAGAGCUCACUCUGUAGUUCCUCUCGUCUUUUAGCCUUCAUUCAACUGAAAGGCGGGGUGUGAAAGAGCUUGAACUCCACUUCCGGAUGUUCAACAAGCAAAAAAAGGUGACAUUGAGGGAGCUCAAUCAAAUGUUUGGGUGGGACCCGGAUAGCCCCGUCCAUAGGGUUUUCGAUAAUGAAAGGAUAUGGCAAGGGUACGAUGAGCAAGAGUGGUGGAGCACCAUCACCCAAGGGAACACAAAGUUCAAGUCAAGGUCCGCGAAGGCGUCGGAAAUCAUCCAUCCGGCCCUUCGGUACUUCCUUAGGAUGAUGGUCUACGCCCUGUUCUCCCGUCAAGAGCUCGGGAAGAUUAACCAAGAGGAGCUCACUUUGCUGUGGUUGACCACCGAUGGAUAUAUCAACUAUGAUCACGGUGUCAACUUCUGGGGCCUCCUCGCAGAUCACUUCCACGAGACAUAGUUAGGUACCUCCCUCAGUGGUGACAUCCAAUGCGGGAGCAUGAUCACUUGUAUUGCCUACAAGCUCGGGUUUGGAGCGGAGUUGGCUAAGCUUACCCCGGUCGAUGAGCUCCCCUAUUCAUCACUGCUCUCAAGACAGUCGGGAUGCUACGCGAGGUGCCUACUCGUAUGGGGUUUGAUGAGCGGAUUUGGAUGGUCCGCGAUGCUUCAUGGUGCCAACUCCCCAACGACUUCAUCUCUAACCCGCGUGAAGAUGGGAACCAAUGGCACAUUCCCCGCUUUACUCUUGAGGAGGGUAGCUUGUCGAUUAGGGAGAGAGCUCCCUGAGCCCAAGCCAAAGGAAACAACAGCAACAACAACAACAAGAAUGUCAUCAACACCAUUUCGAGCAUCAACAUUUCCAUUAUGGGGAAGGUUCGCAAUCUUUGCACGUCCCACCCUUUAGUGAGGGAGGUAUGGCUUCUUCCUCUUCCUCUUUUAACAUUGAAAGUGACGGGUGCAUGGAACUUAGUGGAAGACGUGCCACGUGUCGUGACACGAAGUCGGGCCAAGCUCCUUGGAGGUCACCUUUCUGGGCUAACCAUCAUCACACUUGAAGACAAGAAGCUUAUCAAUAUAUGAUGCAACUACUUCAUUCAGCCAUAUCUCCUUCAUUACAAGUAAUUUUUAGGUGAUUCAAGUUGGAGGUGAAAUUAGAGUUCAAAAUCUUUCCAACGACUGGUCACAUGCCAAAUUUGAGCAAGAAACGAAGAAGUUAUGAACGUUUGAAGUUAAGCUGUCCAGGAGUAAGGACGUUCGACCGAACCAAAGCUGGUUCGCCCGAACCUUCCAGGCAGUUUCAAACCUGAUACUUGCAUCUUUGCAGGAGUGGCCGAACUCCAAAAGUUCGACCGCACCUACCCACAAGUUCGACCGAAAUUACCCUAAGUUCAGCCGAACCUUUUCCCUUUUUUCUGUCAGUUUAUGCGCACUAUUUAAGUUGUUUUUAAGGAGUUUUGCAAGAAUUAAUGUUGAACUUUGCUUGAUUGUAAUCAAAGAGACUUUCUCUCUCUACCAUAAUCUUUGUGAUUAUUUAGCUUUCUUUGUGAUUGCUACCUUGUAAUCUUUGUGGUUACACCUUAAUCUUAGCUUUACUUGGUGUUAGCUUUGAUUAAGACCCCUAUUUCAUAUUUCUUGGUGAUUUUGAGAUAGGUUUACCUUAUCUAUUGCAUUGAAAUUUGUGCUUAUUUGAAAGCUUUCCCCUUUUACCUGUCUUUCCUUUGUUAUUUCAUAUCAUUUGGUAUCAAGAGCCUAGGUUAUUAGCCUAGAAAAAUCCUACCUUUUUGAAUUUCUCUUUCCCCCUCUCAAAAGAUCUCUUCUUUUCCUACAAAAAAUUUGAAAUUUCUCUCAAAAAUACAAGCUUUCUAUCUUGAAACAUGGGUGAUAGAUACUAUUAUGAAGAUGAUGAAGGUUACAAUGAGCACUCUAGAUUGGAUGCUCUAGAAAGGAAGUUUGAUAGACUUCUUGAGGUAUUGGAGAAUAGAAGAAGUCCUAGAAGGAGGAGGAGCCCUAGUGAAGAAGAUGACUCUCACUCUCCUCACCGGAGAAGGGAACACCGCCAACGAAACCAUGAGGACAAUUGUGACUGAGAUAUCAAGUUGGAAUUUCCGGACUUUGAAGGUAAUCUUGAUCCUAAUGAAUUUCUUCAUUGGGUUAGGAGUAUGGAGAAUGUGUUUGAAUAUAAGGGUUAUAAUGAUGAAAAACGUUUCAAAUUGGCCAUCCUUAAACUCAAAAAACAUGCUUCUUUGUGGUGUGAGAACUUAAAGAAUCGUAGGAAAAAAGAUGGAAAAUCAAAAAUCACAUCUUGGGAGAAAUUGAAGAAACAUAUGAACAAGGCCUUUGUGCCUAAAGAUUAUUUGCAAGAUGCUUAUCUUAAAUUGAACUCUCUUAAGCAAGGAGCUAUGUCGGUAGAGAAGUAUACUAGGGAGUUUGAGAAACUUUCUAUCAUGAGUGGAAUUGAAGAAGCACCGGAGCAUAAGAUUUCUAGGUAUAUUUGUGGUCUUGAAAGAAAGCUUGGGAAAAAGGUUGAUGUGCAUGCCCAUGGAAGUUUUGAUCAAGUGGUGUAAAAAGUUUUGAAGUUUGAGAAGUAUGACAAGGUGAGUAGUGCUAGUGGGUAUACUAAGCCUACUUCAAGAGUUCUUUUGCUCCAAAGGGUGAGACAAGCAAGCCCAUUGCCAAGGAUGACAAAGGCAAGGCUCCCAUGCACUCUUCCAGCAAAGAUGGUCACAAAAAGAUGAGAAAUCGGAAGACUUGCUACAAGUGUAGGGAUUAUGGACAUUUUGCUAAUAAGUGUCCAAAUAGUAGAGCUAUGAUAAUUCGUGAAAUGGAUGAUGAUGAGUACGAAGAUGAGAAGAGGGAUUUUGGAGACCCUAUUUGUAAUCAAAUCCUUGUUGUGAGGAGGGCACUUCUAUCCAUUUCUACCCCUUUGGCGGAAGAGGAAAGGGAAAACAUCUUCAAAACUCGUUGCACCAUCAAGGAUCGAGUUUGCAACCUUAUCAUUGAUAGUGGCUCUUGCACUAAUGUGGCUUUAACAAAAUUGGUGAGCAAGCUCAAUCUUGAAACUACCGAUCAUCCUACUCCCUACAAGCUUCAAUGGCUUAACAAUCACAAUGAGGUGAAGGUAACGAAACAAACUCUUCUUUCUUUCUCAAUUGGCAAGCUAUAUAAGGAUGAGGUGCGUUGUGAUGUAUUGCCUAUGGAUGCUUGUCAUGUAUUGCUUGGUAGACCUUGGCAAUUUUAUAGAGAUGUAAUGCAUGAUGGAAGAAUGAACACUUAUUCAUUCAUGAUAGAUAAGAAGAAGAUUGUACUCAACCCCUUGUCCCCCACCAUCAAACACAAAGAACCCUUAGGUACGGGAAACACAAUCAAAGAGAACCUUCUCAUUGGGGAAAAUGAGAUGGGAAAGGAGAUAAAUCAAGGACACCUUGUCUUUAUUUGUCUUCUUAGGAAAACACAAGAGAGUGAGCGAGAGAACCUAAUCCACCCCCUUGUCAAGGAUGUAUUGGUUGAGUACCAUGACAUUUUUCCCGAUGAUCUCCCACCCGGUUUGCCACCUAUUAGGGGAAUUGAACAUCAAAUCGAUCUUAUUCCCGGAUCACAACUCCCUAAUAGACCGGCUUAUAGGUGUAUCCCCGAUGAAGCAAGAGAGCUUCAAAGACAAGUUGGUGAGUUGAUUGAAAGAGGAUUUGUGAGGGAAUCCCUUAGCCCUUGUUCGGUUCCGGCUCUUUUGGUUCCGAAAAAGGAUGGUACAUGGAGAAUGUGUGUGGAUAGUAGGGCCAUCAAUAACAUCACCAUCAAGUAUCGCUUCCCUAUUCCCCGACUUGAUGAUAUGCUUGAUGAGUUACAUGGGUGACCCAAAAUAUAACUAAAACAAGCCUUUUAUUUUUAAGGAAGAUUAUGAGUAAUAGAUAUUUUAUACAUAUCAUAUUUAGACUCACUCUUUGUACCACAUAUUAUUUUAAGCCUCUGCAUCCAAGCAAUGAUUUUUUUUUUUUUUUUUUUUGACGGGAUCCAAGCAAUGAUUUUUAUUAAUUAAUUAAUAUUAAUGUUAUUAUUCACAAUACGUCACAUAAACUUUCAAUUUAAAAUAAUUUUUUUUAAUCCAAUCUAACUUAAUUAUUUGUAGGAUUUAUGUCAAACGGUAAAUUUUCUUCUUCUUUUGAUAUAGCUUGGUUGUCAAUUAAUAUGAUUAAAUUUCUAUUACUUUUGGUAAAAAUGAUCCAUAAUAACACGUACUAUGCAUUCUCUUUAAAUACUUUUAUUGUGCAUGCACAUACUUAUUAAUAAGAACCUUAAUAAUUAGAAAAGAUAUUAAUAAUUACUUUUUAAUGCAAAUUAGAUUUUACAUUACAUUUUUUAAUUAAUACAAUUUUAAUAUUUAAUUUUAAAGUUGAAAUUUUUAUUAAUGAUUACAGUUGGUUGAUGCGCGACUAGAGCUGUCAAUUCGGGUAAACGGGUCGGGUUUGAGUCGGGUUAGUUUGAGUCGGGUCAUCUCGGGUCAGGUCAAUACGGGUUAAUAUCAUAACAUAUGCGGGUCGGGUUCGGGUUGGGACAUGCUUGACUCGGGUCACGUCGGAUCAUACAUCUUAUCGAGUUUGGGUCGGGUUUAGGUCGGGUUAGUAAAAGGUCGGGUUACAUUCGGGUCGGGUGAAAAAUAGGUCGGGUUAAAUUCGAGUCUUUACUGGUUUAAACGAGUUAGGGUCGUUCUCGGGUUCGAGUCGGGUUCGGUUAAAGUUAAUUAUUUACGGGUUAUAAUCAGGUUGGGUCAU